GCAAAAACGACAUGUUCACGGGUGUUUUAUCCAUUUUCUUACAGCUACGUAAAACGUGCGCAAAACUAAAGCUAUAAUUGUGAAAAGUGCUAGAAACCUUAACGGUAAUUCCGCUCUAUGUAGGAGAAAGGAAAAAGAAAGCUUAUUUAAAAGUGAGCCAGCUAACGGGAAAUGACAAUUUAUGAUUAUUGUGUCGAUAACGCCCUGCUAAAUCAAUAAACAAGCUGGAAAACACAUAAAUUCAAACUAUUGGUUAAGCCCCAUAAGGACUAACUGUAAAAGUAUUCAGUGCUGCAAAGCUAAAAAUGCAAAGUGCUUAAAACCUUAACGGUAAAUCCAUUCUUUUUGGGGAAAUGAAAAUAUUUUAUAUAAAAGUUACAGCUUAUUGGUAAAACAAAUCAAUGUAAAAAUGGUGGAAUUUUAUUAUCAUUGUGGCAAUGCUAGAUCAAUAAAGCCUUAAGUUAAACAAUUCGUGGUACCCCAAAAAACAGUCACGGACAUAACAGUAAACGCAUUCAGUUUUUGAAAAGCCAAAAAGCCGGCCAACAGUGCAAAAAGCCGGAGAACAGAAGCCCCUGCUCAUCUCGUGUUGUUAUUGUCGAAACGGGGUCAAAAGUUCGUGUCUCACUCGCAAAUUCAACCACACAAAACACUCACAAACACACACACAUACGGUUCCUCAAGUGCAAGCGAAGACACUAAGUCGCCCGUCUGGCUGAAAAGCAUGAAAAAAGCAUAAGAAUAGCAGAAGAAAAGCAGACAAAAGCAUUAGACAAGUGCCAAGUAACUCAAAACUGCAGCCGGAGAGGAGUCUUAGGCCUACAAAACACACGGAAAACCCAACCCCGAGCCGAAAAGCUACACCAAAUACUAGACAAACUAGGCCAAUUCGCGUGGAUGCGGGGAAAACGUUGCAAAAGUGCUCUGGAAACGUAGAAAAAUAAAAUAAAAUAAAAAAAAUAAAACAAUAGCAGUUGAGCUCCCUGGCCAUUUGUCAAUGACUGGGCCACUCGCGUGACUGCCGAUUCUAUAGUGGAAUUACUAUAGCCGAAACAGACUCCGGCCCAAGGACUACAUCCGAAACUAACAAACAUAUUUCUGCAAGUGCACCCUGUAGUCGCCUUCAAGAGCGCAAUAAGUCAUAAAAACGGAAGAAAGAAAGUUUUAAAGGGCUCUUAGCUUUCACUUUCAUCUCGAGCUCCUCAUUGACUCACUGACUGACAGGCCGGCUGGCCGACGGUUCGACCGUCCCUAUUGUGUGCCCACUGUACAGCAUUCGCCACUCACUGGCCGGCGCUUAACUUUUACGAUUCCGGCCGGAGAAUGGUCCAAGUGCGGUUGCAGAGCCAGAACGGAAUAUCAUCGGGAAAGUCGAGAACGUCGACGGGCGGUCGGUGGCAUAAAUAAAAAGGCGACUGCCACAUUUCGUGUACGACGGUAUAAAACAGAAGCGGCAAAUAGAAAAGCCAAACGGCGGCUAAGUUGCUUUUGUCUGCCUGCGGAGGAGGACGACGAGGAGGAGGAGGAGGUGGAGGAGUCCUGGCAAUUGGCCAAGUUAAUAGAGAGCCGGGAGGCUCGAUAAUGACGUUGCUGCUGCCGGAGCUGUUGCCGCCCAUGCUGAUGAUGAGGCUGCUAACUUGGUUAUUGCUGCCAGCCUAGAGACACAGGACCAAACACCAGCAACCAGCAUCCAGCAUUUAGCUUUCAGCUUUCAGCUUCCAGCAUCCCACAUCCUCUGCCCAGACAGACAACAAAAACAAGAUCUGCUGGGGCUGCAACGCGGGGGCUUACUGCAUUUCCGCAUCUUGUUCCUGUCGCCGCCCAGUCAUUUCUACAGCCUGAGUCACCAUGUCCAUUGCCCACCCACUGCCGCUCUGCGUGGCCUGGCUGCUGCUCCUCGUCGUUAUUGUGAUGAGCGACAUGACUAACGGCGGUGUGCAGGGACCCAUCGAGGGCUACAAUUCGCUGGACGUGGACGACCUGCUGACAACCACUCCGACUCCCGGCCAGGCCGCCCUGCUCCUGCCCACCGCACCCACCGCCGCCUACACGCAUCCCAAAUGGAUGGAACCCUACUUCGAUCCCUCGACGCCGCGCAAUGUCACCGCCCUCAUGGGCAAGUCCGCCUAUCUCAGCUGCCGUGUGCGCAAUUUGGCCAACAAAACGGUGUCCUGGAUCCGGCACCGUGACAUCCACAUACUGACGGUGGGCUCGUACACCUACACCUCCGACCAGCGGUUCCAGGCGACCCACCACCAGGACACGGAGGACUGGACCCUGCAGAUAAAGUGGGCCCAGAAACGGGACGCCGGCAUGUACGAGUGCCAGAUAUCGACGCAGCCGGUGCGCAGCUAUUUUGUUCGGCUGAAUGUUGUCGUGCCAACGGCCACCAUCCUGGGAGGUCCUGACCUUCACGUUGAUAAAGGCAGCACCAUAAAUCUCACUUGCACUGUAAAGUUCAGCCCCGAACCGCCGGCCUACAUCUUUUGGUAUCAUCACGAGGAGGUCAUUAAUUAUGAUUCAUCAAGGGGCGGCGUGUCGGUAAUUACCGAAAAGGGCGAUGUGACAACCUCAUUUCUGCUCAUACAGAAUGCAGAUCUGGCCGAUUCGGGCAAAUACUCCUGUGCGCCCUCCAAUGCAGAUGUGGCCAGUGUGCGUGUCCAUGUCCUAAAUGUUCGGGCCAUAAUUUCAGGUGAACAUCCGGAGGCAAUGCAAACUGGUUCAUCCGGUUGUCAGUACAACUGGCUGACAAUCGUCCUGCUCCUGGGCCUUGUCCUUUGCUACAGUCAACGCUGCUGCUGCUCGGCGUCAUUAACAUCGCCAUUAUCAUUACCAUCACCAUCAGCAUCAGCAUCAUCAUUGCCAGCGGCCGCAACGGGAGAAAGUGCAUCCAGUGAAAGUGCGGCAGCCGCAACAGCAACAGCAACAACAACCACAACAACAACAACAGCAACAGCAACUAUGGCAACAAGGAAGCGGUGUCCUGCGGUCAAAAGCUGUCGCCAGGCCGCCAGUCAUGUGCUGGCCAAAAGGUCCUGUCACAGAUGAUCAACUGAAGGCCACAACAGCCCCAACUAAAUAGAGUAAUUUAAAGAGCCGCAUGAAAUGUGUGCGAGUGAGUGUUGGGUUAAGUAUCUCCGAGUGUGUGAAUGAGCGUUUGCUAAUCAGUCGUUUAGUAUGUCAGUUAUAAACUUGUACUCACAAAUAAAAACACAAUGCAAAGCAAUGGCGCGGUAGUGGGUUUUAAUUUAUCAAACUAGCAAAAACUUUUUGAAGAUUCCCUGCACAAAAUAACAUAAAAAAUUUACUUUUCAAACUAUUACAAUCUGAAGUCAACUUCUAAUUUUAAUUAUUUAAAUUUUGUAAUUAUUAAAUUUCCCUUUUUUGAUUAUUCCUAAAAAAUCAAUGAACUUUAGUUAAAAUAAUACUAUAUUUUAUUAUAAAUUUAAUUUUUCUUUUGUUUAGAUCUUUAACGCUUUUGAUGAAAUUUUAAAAUUCUUUAAAUAAUUGUUGUGGAAAAAAACAACAACAUUAUUUGUAAGUCAACAUUUUUUAGUGACAUGGAUUAUUUGUUUUGGUUACUUACACAAUGGUGAAGUGUUUCUUGUGGGUUACAAUAAUUUUUCCAUAUUUCAGGUGUUUAAUUUGUAUAUAUUUCGUUCAUUUAUUUACCUGUCUCUAACAAAACCACAAAAUCUUAAUUUAAUACACCUAAUUAAAAUAUUCAUAAUCAACCUUUUUCUACCGCCCAAGCCUUUGUUAAGCAAUGUAUUUAUAUAAAUAAUACUAUAUGUAAGCUAAUUGAUUACAAUUUAAUGUGUAUAUUUAAACAAAAUCAAAAUUUACUAUAGAAUGUGUGUAAAUAACAAACUUAAACAUAAUUACGGCAUAACCGAAGCGAGGCAUUCAAAAAAAAGUGUACCGCUAACAGUAUAGGAAUGAGUAAUCUAUAUGCCCAGCGGCGUUGACUCUUUUAAUAAAUUAAUAAAUAAUCAAAUAAUGUUCAGUGUACAGUGCAAUGGCGGGGCUCAAUAUUCAAUAAUUAGAUAAAAACGUAGACAAACCAAAUAGCAACAAAAUGAGAGCAGCAGUGAGUCAUAAAACAUUUAAAUUGAUUGCCAUAUCAUGCAAAUAUUUGCACUGCGCAAUUUUCCAUCCAAGCCAAAUAUAAAUUCAAUUUACUGUUUUAUUCACCCGCACAGAAUACAAUUAAUUUAAUUUUUUGUUGCAUUGAUAUUAAUGUCACAAUUUUAUAAUUGACGGUAAACCAGGCCGCCACAAUUAAAAAGGUUUAAAAAACUGAUCGAAAUAUUUAACUAAUAAUUUCUUUACAACUGCUAAAAUAUAAGCAUCACACUGUUCAUUUGGGCUUUAUUUAAAUGUCAUUCUCAGGUGACAUAAUAACUUAAGCUAAAUAAUGGUCUCCCAUUAGCUUAGCAGCCUUAAUUAAAAAUCGAGUGUCCGAGUAAAAUGACCACCAACUACAAAUUACAUAUUUUUAAAUUUUUUGCAAUUCAAAUUCCAGUAAUUGGCAAAAGUGUACAGUAAACAUAAAAAUAACAAUAACCCAUAAAAAAGAUUUUCUGUUUCACCCAAUAAAUUUAUUUAAUUAAGCAUUUAAAUGUGAAGAAUUAAAACAUCAAAACUGAUUUCAGACCCGAUGAAAGAAAUUAAGUAUGUCAACUCUGUUGACAUACCGCAAAUAAUAUAAUUCAUAAUUGGAAUUAUAAUUAUAAAACAACUAGUUCAUUGGCCUUAGUUUAAAACCAUUUAUAAAGGCCCGCAAAUUAACCAACAUUUGCUAUUCAAAUCAAGCAAUAACCAAUUUAAACUUAUUGAGGACGCUUGGCUAAUUAAAAUGUGAUGUCAUUUCCCCAUCUUGUGUUUGGACACAAUUAUAAUGAAACAUUAUUCCGAAUUAUACAUUGCCAUUUUGUUUGUUGCGGCCAGAGCAAGGUAGAAUUAAUUUUAUUAAUUUCCGUUAAGCUGUAAAAAUAAUGUUAGUCAUAAGCUGAUUUUAUGAGAGUGUUAUCUGGCAAUUUGUGUCAUAAUGACAAUGUUGUUUCCACAAUGAAGCUGAUUCUUUUUAAUUACUUUUAAUUUGUAUUAAACUAUUUGCGAAGACUUAAAGUUAAAAAUUAUGCUUUUAAAUAAAAUACCUAAUUUAUAAAUAUAGUUAUCUUAUUCAAUUAUUUAUACUUCCAAUUGCAAUUGUUGCCAUAAUAAUAGUUUGAAUGUAAAAUUCCAGGUUAAAAUUACCAUUUUCCCAUCCUUGUGUUUCUGACUUCAGUUAAUCUCCGAAUUGUUAAUGCAACCAAUCAAAAAUAUAAGCAGACGCCUAUAAAUAAAUAAAUGUAUUGAGUUUAAGUGUGAAUACAAACAUAUGCCAGCCAAAUUGUAAUUCUAACUGAAGCAUUUGCCAUAAACCCUUAAAGCGCAGUACAUAAAUCUACAUAUGUAAUCGUAGGCCAUCAGCUAAGUAAUUCCUGUAUAUUAAAGUUAAUUAGUGAAACUCUAGAGUUAUGCAUUAGACAAGUAAAUUUACAUUUACAUUCUAUGUGUGAGUAACGACACAUAGUUAAAUAGUUGUAACAAAGCAAUCGAACUGUGUAAAACGAACUACUUUUAACUGUUGAAAUUUAACUAAAUGGCAAACUAGUGAAAGCAUAACAUAAAUAUGACAUCAUAAAGAAACAUAGCAAAACAUUACAAUAAUAAACAAAUAGCAACGCAAACAAAGGGCAAACAACAGGGCUGAAAAAGUGUAAACAGGAUGCUUGUUUGUCUUUUGCGCAAUGAUUGUCGCCAUAUUAUUGUAAAACAACAAACAACAGCAA